UACCUCCUCACAGCCUCCAUUCUCCAGAUGCCAACAGUAUCCGGUGGCAAAACAAACCAGCUUUUCUGCGGCUCAAGGCGAUCUAAACGACGGACUGUGACUGAUCUUUACCCGGAAGAAGAAUCCGCGGGGUUUCUCCUGAACUACAGACAUCUUGUCUCUCCUCCACCAUGACCGCUGCAGUUGUGAGAGGUGCUGCCAGGGUGCCUGUCCGAGGCGCUGGGGAUGGCAUGGAAACUGAGAAACCACCGGCCAUCCUGGAGUUAAAAACGGAUACGCUGCUACCAGGUCCUACUGAUGUUCCCCUUCUGAGGGUGGCAAGCCCAAAGCACAGCCCGAAAUCUGCCCUAUCGGCUGCACCCCAGCCUCUCGGCGUGCUCCAUCUGGGCAAGGUUAGUCGAGAAGCCUGCACAGAGGUGGAGGCUGUGAGAAUCAUCGUACCACGUUCUGCUAUAAGCCGGAGCAGUCGCACAGGACCUGCUGAGGAUAAAGGGGGCCCCGGGCAACCGGCUGAUGAGAGGGGCUCUCCCCCUCCUCCACUGGUGGAGGACUGGAGAGGACAGAUGGAGAAGCUGCAGAACUCUGAGCGCAGGCUGCUGCAGGACAAGGAAGGGCUUUGCAAUCAACUCCGUGUGCAGACAGAGGUGAAUCGUGAGCUAAAGAGACUUCUGGUGGCGUCGGUCGGCGAUGACCUUCAGUACCAUUUUGAGCGGCUGUCGCGGGAGAAGAACCAGUUGAUUCUGGAGAACGAAGCUCUAGGCCGGAGUCUGGCUCACACUGCAGAGCAGCUGGAGCGAAUGAGUAUUCAGUGUGACGUUUGGAGGAGCAAGUUCCUGGCCAGCAGAGUCAUGGCAGACGAGCUGACGAAUGCCAGAGCUUCUAUGCAGAGACAAACCAGGGAGGCACAAGGAGCCAUUCAGGAUCUGCUGUUGGAGAGAGAAGAGUUCUCCGGGGACAUGGUUCUCGCUCACAGAUCUCUGGAGCAGCUCCUGGUGUCUCUGCAGUGGGGCCGACAGCAGACCUACUACCCCAGUGCACAGCCCCUCAGCACAAGAGAGCUGGCAGCAGCCAAUCACAAGCUAGCAGACGCCAUCAACUCCCACUUACUGGGCAACAGCGGCAGCAGCACUGUGGUGAAGAGCAGCAGCGCAACAGCCGAGCAGCUGUGCAGCACGCCGGCCGAGAAGAUGGCAGAGAAGGUCCUGAAGAUUUUAGAUCCAAUUUCGUGCCCAGAAAGCCAGACUGAACCUGAACUGAUGGACUCCACCCCAUCACCCUUCCUCACCAAUAAGAAGAGCAUCGGCAGGUUUCACCCGUACACCCGCUAUGAGAACAUCACCUUCAACUGCUGCGAGCGCUGCUCAGGAGACAUCCUGGUGCUGUAGAGGCCGAAGAGCAACAACACGUCCUGACACCAGCCCAGCAUCAGAACUUUAUAUCGAAUGGUCUGGACAGGAAUGGACGACGGUGGAACACGCUGCCUUUUUUGUUGAGUGACAUGAAAAGAUGGCAGCUUUUU